CCUUUAUCGACAUUAGACUUUUUGCAUGAGGGAUUGUUUUACAAAUUCGAUUGUUGAGCUAUGGGUUGCUCCGUAAUUAACUGCAUUUUGUUUAUAGUUGAGAUAAUUAUAUUGAAAGGGUUUGAAACAACGCCAACAUCGCCAAGAUUGACUACGGAUGUAAAUGAUGUCUUCGUCAACAGCAGCAUUACGUUAACUUGCGCAACGUCAUCCCCGCCGGAUUAUGUUGUCUGGUUCAAAUCAGACAAAGGAUCAGGACAACCGAACGCGGUCAUUACUCAGAAAUGGAAUAACGAAAAGAAAUCAUGUCAUUCUGACAAAAACAUUAUGGAGUGUUUCUGCUCUUCAUCAAAUGCCUAUGCUUGCUCUAUAAAGUCGAUAAAUAGAACAAAUGACGAUCAAAGCUGGCUCUGCAAAGCUAUUUAUGGAAGUGCUCAAAUCCAAAGUGACAGCUUCACCUUCAGAUUAAUAUUACCUGUAACGACCUUAACAAUUCUACCAGAGACGUCAGUUGCGUACCCUGUUUUCAAUGUCACAUCGACGUUCACAUGCAUCACGUCAUUGAGUCGACCUGCGGCUAGUAUUUACUGGUUCAAUGACAAAAACAACAUAACACACUUUUCUACUUAUUCACAAAAUGAUGACGUCACAAGAAGUGAAUUGCACUUUAUAUCAACCGCAAACGGGUACAGUGGUGGACUGAUAUCGUGUGUUGCAAAUUACGAGUUCAAAUCCCUCAGUAAAAUGUUAACAGCUAACAUUAGCAUUCAAGUACAGUUCCCCGUUUCGAAGCCGAUUGUGACAAUCAACAAUCUAAUUGCAUCAACAGCGUUAGUAAUAAGAGAGGGUAGACUCGUGCAUUUGAAGUGUUUGUCCUCCGGACAUCCACAGCCUUCUUAUAACUGGACUUACUCGGACGGAUGGGCGACCGGUUCUCUUCUGAAUAUUACAUUCGCUCGUAAUAACGCUAAUGUGUCAUGCAAGGCAUUUAACGUUAUGCGUACAUUAGAUGGAACCAACAGCGCCCAGGUUACAGAAAAGACAACUACAUUGAAUAUAAACGUAUUGUAUCCACCAGUCAUUACAACAUUGACAAGCAAUGACAAUAAUAUAGACAUUAUUGAUAGCGCAAUCAGAGUACUGAGAGGUGACGACAUCAACGUUGUCUGUACUAGCGACGCCAAUCCCCCGGCUAUGGUAUUAUGGCGUGACCAACGGAUCCAGUCACCUACUCUACACGUCAAAAGUGAACAACAUGACGCUGUGUGGACAUGCCAAGCUUCAAACUCUAUGACCGACUUUGAUGGAGUUACAUCAACGUCUACUGUAACAAAAAACGUAUCCGCCAGCGUAUUAUAUCCGCCUGAUGUUCAACGUUUACAAAACCAAACCGUGCUACUGAACACUUCUUUAACAGUUCUGUGCAAUUUGACUGAUGUUGGUAAUCCACCAGCCUCAACUUUUUCAUGGAUAAGGAUGGACAAUCGAAAAGUUGUCGGAAACUUAAAAACACUUACCCUAAACAACAUUGUAUUGGCAGAUGAAGGAGAAUACCAGUGUAAUACUUCGAACCGCAUGCAAUCAAUAGGCAAUGAAGUAGUCUACGGAUUUAGUCAGUCGACAUUCUUUAUAAACGUUGAAUACGGGGCAUUUAUACAGGAAUUCAAAGCAAACCAAUCAGUCGAGAGAAUCAUUGUUGAGCAGGGUGAGACAGUAGAGCUGUUGUGUUAUGCGGAUGGUGACCCCGAGCCUGUGGUUCGAGUAAUGAAUACUACUCGUGGAAAUCAAAGUGCCUUAGUUGAAAUCGAAGGACAUGAAGCUAAAUAUCGCAUUCAACAAGCACAAUGUGAAUAUGAUAAUGGGAACUAUACAUGUUCGGCAAAUAAUCGUUAUAACGAAGGGAGACAAUUGUUUGCUCUUUUUGUUUCCUGUUCACCAAGAGCAUCGCCAUUUUCUCCUCCAAUUAAAACAUUGUACAGAGCGCUUAACGACGAUGUGCUGUUCAUAUUCACAAUAAUAGCUUAUCCUUAUCCUAAACCACAAAACGUCGUUUGGUACAAGCAAGAUGAUGAUAGUUGGAGAGUUUUAUCAGAUCCGACCAACUUCAUGAACACAGUCUCUGAUGAUAGCAUGCAAAUACAGCUGAAAAUAGUCAAUGUACAACUUGCAGAUUAUACCAAUUACAUGGUGAACGUUUCUAACGAAUUGGGUUCAACAGUAGAAGUGUUUACUUUAAAAGCACAGUCAAAACCAGACGUUCCGACAGAUUUGCAAGUAAUCAGAAGAGGAAAAACGGAACUGAUUGUCGAAUGGAUCCCGGGUUUUGAUGGCGGGGACAUUCAAACAUUUACUAUAAGGUACAAAGCAUUAGACGAUGAAAGCUGGACUAUUAUUCCCCUAAGCAUAUCUCACUACACAUGGGCAAUUGAAAGGUUAAAGACUGGAACAGCAUACCAAAUUCAAAUAUUGGCGCAAAACAAAAUAGGGAAGUCGGACUGGACACAAGAAAUAAACAUUACUACACUCGUUGAUAUAGUAAGCAGUGGCUUGUCAACAUCCGCUCUUGGUGGAGCAGUAGGUGGAGUAUUUGGAGUCGUUGUCAUUAUUGCCGUAUCCGCCCUUAUCUACAGAUACAGAUCUAACGUCAUAGCAAGACGAAUCACGAAAAGGACAUCGUUGACAAAGUAUGAGGAUCUUAUCCGAGGACAGGGCAACAACGACGCCUCAACAACCGAUGGAAGUUAUGCAAUCUGUAGAAUCGAAUCAUCACGAUCCCGUAAUGCCAAUCAGUUUGAAACACUUAUGGAGCUUGAAAGUCGUGAUUACUCGAUUAUGUCGGAGUGUAAUGCUCCAAGAGACAAUACUACAUCUGCAAAGAUAUCCGCAUCGGGGCAACCUGAUGUUUCAACGACCGAUCCGGAUUACGUAAAUUUACAGUUGUUAACUUAUUGACUGUCGCAUUUGGUAAUUGUAUAUAUAUAAUGUGUUUUGUAACAAUCUCGUCGGAACACUUUUAUGUAUAUCUUUUUGAGUUUAAUGAUGAAAAUCGAUUGUACAUAUUGCCUAUAUAUGUAAUAUUCUGUUGUAUUAUGACCCUAGAAUUUUUCUAAAUUAUAUAUGCAAAUGACCCCGUUGAUUUCUGGUCUCAUAUUAUUUCUUGUACAUAUAAAACACUUAUUGUUUAUAUUUUACAAAUUGGUUUUUAUAUUUUAAAACUAAUGACUGUCAAAUAAAAGAACGAUAAUGUCAGACUAAACUAUACGCACACAUUUGUUCCACCAGUUUGAUAUGAAGUUAUAAAUAUAUACAUACAUUUUUAUUUACUACUUAUAUUGAACGUUAUAUUUUACCAGAGCCUCUGGAUAAUAUAAUUAAUGUUUAUUUUAGUGCUUAAUAUAAUGCGGCGGUUUUGUUGUUUACAUUUACACAAUCGUCUAAAUAAUCAAACACGCGCUCAACUGCGUAAAUGUAAUAUUUAAUUACUUAAAAAGUCAUACCAUGUUGAAUACGUCAUUUCAACAUCACAGCGGCAUUCAAGAUUCUUCAAACGCUAAAUAUUCUAUCAUUAUUUUAGAAAUAUGUGCUAUUGUACAAUUGAAACAAUUGAGUUAAUACCCUUUUUAGCUGUGUUCUUAUCUCUUAUCAUGAGCGCCUAGUUUUUUUACAAAGUAUCAACUCCAUAUAAAAAGAACGUAAAGACACGGUAAACUUAAAUGUCCUGGUUAAUAAAAACAUGUUAACUGAAAAUUGAAUGAUAUAGUUGCGUAAAUUGUAAACAAAGAAUAAGGGAACAUGGGCCCGUUUGUGUUUUUAAAUGUUUGGUUAACGGGUUAAAAUGCACAUGGACAAGACAGGACCAGACUCUUUAACAAAUGAUUGCGCCGGUUGCUAACGGUAUGUCCGCCAUUUUCUAGACAAGCCGAAUGCCUAGUUCUUAUUUAUUCAAUGAGUUUUGUUUAUCGUGUUCGAAAAAUAGAAAAGGAAAUAUAACGAAUCGUUGUAAAUAAGGUUUAUGUACAUGGAGAUAGAUACAGAAAAACUGAUCAGUAUUUUAUGCAGAAACAAAAUCCAUUUCGAAUCAUACAAGAUGAAGUUUUGUUACAUGAACUACAAAUCUGUAAAAAAAAUUGUAAAGAUCUCUACUUUUGCAUUGAUGGAAAAUUCAAUAUAUAAUUUUCUUCAUGUUGGCAUGUGAGGUCUCAUGUUUAGGUCUUCAUGUGUCCACAUAAAGAAAUAUAUAUUUUGGAUGUACCUACAUGCUACAAUAAAUUUCAAUGUUCUCUGUGCUACGGUCAUAAUAAAACUAACAAUACUUUACAUAUUUGCAUCUUUUUAUUUUCUUUGAAUUUAAAAGACUAUAGAUUGAAAUGAAUUGGUUUCCUGUUUAGUUACACCUCAUAAAGAGAAGAUUUAAAGGAUGUUUAUUGGAGUCACUUGGUCGGUCAGUCUGCACAAUAUUGAUUUGUGGUAAUCUACGUUCACAUCUCUCAAGCGACAUAAUUAAACAUUAAAAAAUGUCAUCAAUUUUUUUUAUCGUUUUGUAAGAUCAAUAUUGUAGUUGUCUGCAAACUGGCUGACAGGAAAUUGUAACUUGUACAAUGGUUAAUUUACCCGUUUCAGACUAGUCUUCAUAGGAAUUUUACACCCCUUUAUACUCCUUGUAAAUAGCAUUAGUUAUUUUACACCAUACAGUAUUGCUGCAGCAAAAUAUUAUUUUGCAUUAUUUCUCCCAAGAUUAUUGUACCGGCCAAUUGACUAGUAUAUAUGUAGCACACACAAUGGAAGUGGUGUUAAUUGUUGUUGUACAUAUAAUUUCCUUCUCCGAUGCGUAUGAAUCAUUGGACUAUACAAUGACAUAUACUUUCCUUGUCCGGUGCUUAUGAAUAGUUGGACUACACAAUGAAAUAUACUUUCCUUGUCAUGUGCUUAUGAAUAAUUGGACUAUAUAAUGAG